AUGAGUAGUAGGAGCGUAAGACCUAUGAUGUCUUCAGAUUUAUGUGAAGCACGAAGAAGAGCUUUGGGUUUAUAUAGGGCUAUCUAUCGGUAUAUUCCAUACGUCAUAAAAUAUUACGAUAUCCCGAAGAAUAUAGACCAAUGCCGCUGGAUGCUAAGAUCAUAUUUUUACAAACAUGCUUAUAUCACUGACGUCAGAGUUAUAGAUAUGCUUAUUAUCAAGGGUUACAUAGAGCUGAAAGAACUGACGCACCAGUGGCAGUCGAAGCACCACGUUAUAAGACACUGGAAUCCGAGUAUAGAACCAAAAUGUACUUCUUUUAUAGCAAAGUUUAUUGAAGGAAAUUGA